AUGCUCCCAGCUGCAGCCCUGCAGUCGAAGGCCAAGUUCAAGGAGCUCAGGCAGGAGCAUUUGGACCUUAGCUCCAACAUGGCUUGCUCCCUGCAUUCCCGCUGGCCCGCGGGUGGCGGCCCUGAGUUUGUUGUCGUGGGCAAGUGCAUUCUCUUCAACAAGACAGGUCUGCCGCUGGUGGUGCGCGAAAGUGACGCUGCAGCACCUGUUGGGGGCUUGGCACCUGGGAAGGUGGCAGUGCUUCGAGCAGAGGUCGAAGUUCGCGCCGGCGUAGGCAAAGUGAAGGCCUGCGAUGCAACCCCUGGGAAGAUGACACUUCCAACCUGCACAGAAACCCUGGGCUUGCGCGUCACAGCGGCAGCGCAUGAGACGAGCAAGAUCUUCAACUGGAUUGAGCACCAGGUCACGCUGAAGGACGGUUCGCUGCGCCUUGGCUUUGCAAACGGCGCCACUCCUUGUGCCGUCUGGCCUUUGAGCACCCACAGCACCGUGUCUGCCACGGAGCCAACCCUGGCCGCUGGGGAGAAGGACUGCUUUACCGUCGAAGAUCCGGGCCGUGGUCAGCGGCUGCUCCUCCGCGCGCCCAGCCGCAAAGCACAGGGCGAAUGGAUCUUCCACAUUCGCGAGACUGUGGCGGCACUGAAAGCGGAGGACAUCAGUGGGCCGGACGGUUCAGCCUUGCACGUGACAAGUAGAGAUUCGAUCGUGGUGGUUGAAGCCGUGAGCGCUGCUAGCUGGCUGAGAUCGCGGGAGGAUGAGGCGAGCAUCGCUGCGGGCUGGGAUGAUUCUCACGGGGAGGGCUUGUUCAACGCCUGGUGUUCCGACGGCAUCCCUGUGCAAGUUCCCGGUUCAGGCGAGUUCAUCAUCACUGCCGGCACUCCCCAAGCGCCGCUCGCAAUGUUCCUCGGAGUGCAGGUUCAUCCGCUGAUGGGCUUGUUUACACAGAGCAAGGGCGUCACGGUGACGCCUCGCUUCGUCAUCCGCAACGCCUCUGCAAGCUACGUCCAGGUGUUGCCAGCCCUCCUGCCACCGAAUGAAGAGAACUGGCCUCAAGUGCCCUCGCGGAGUGCUGCCAUUGUCGAGGAGCACGCAGGAAGAAUGCUCUCCAUCACGGACUUCAUCGCACAGGAUGAAGAAAAGGAGGCGAUGUGGGUGCCGCCGGGGGCCAGCCUGGCUUUGUUCCACUUUCCCACGCGCUGCCAGGCAUCGGAGCUGAGAAAGGGUGCCAAGGCCGUAGCUCUCCGUUUGCCCGGGCCACCCUUGCUUGAGAUGAUCUCAGUCAAGUACAAACUCCCGCUGCAACUCGACCGCGUGUCGACUGGAGGAUUCCUUCCAUACAGGGACAAGCUUGUGCAACUGGGGCGAUUGCCGCAAAGUCUGCGGAUUCUCGCGAAGGAGGGCCGGCUGCUGUGCUUGCGCGGAGAGUACUUGAAGGAUUUCGAGUCGGGGCAAGUUGUACUCAGCCGGCCCGCGGAGAUUUGGAUUGGUCUGCCAAAAACAGACACCGUGGAGCCCGCCUCGUGGCUGCUGACGGACUGGACAAAGGCAGAGGUGGUUGACCUGCGGAGGCGACAGCGCUCCGAAGUCUCCUUGCAGCUCUAUACCCGCCACGUGGAGGCUGGUGUCUUGAACCUGAACGGCGCUGGCGUUGGCUGUGUCGUGUUCCUGGCCCGCAGCAAGAGCGAGGAUCCUGGCGUCGAGAUGGCUGCACUCGGAGAGGCAGCGGGCCUCCCGUGGAGCCGCUGGCUUAGCCUGAACUCCACCUGCGAGUCGGUGAUUUCCCUGCGAUCCGGGACUGAUGCAGACGAGCCCUCGGUGCGCUGGGCGCGGAAAAGCCGCAAAGCCAUGCAGCCUGUGUCGAUCCCGUUCGACGACAGCUGGCCAGACACCCUCCGCGACGCCUGCAGUGUGGCCGGCACUGUCGUCCGAGACGCCCAAGGACGUAGCCUGCCACAGGAUGCUCCUGGCCAGCUACAGAGGAAUCCGGGAAAAGCGCAGUUCCCGCUGAGCGUCGAGGCUGGAGGCGACGCUGGUUUCACCGGUGAGGGCCAGGGCGCCGGCUACCGUCAACCUGGGCAGGACUUGGCGGAGGCCGCGGAUCUCUCCAGGGCUGCCUCAAGGAUGGUGGCAAGGUUCGCAGGCACGCCCAUUCAGGCCUUCAUCACAACUGACGAGAAAGGGAGCACGGUUGAUUUCGGACUGCUCAGUGGAGAUAGGCUUUUCAGCCUCCGACAACCUCUGGCCUCGGAUGCCAUGCUGAAGGACCUGGAAGUCGCCGUGGCGAGUGCGCUGGGCCUGCGAUUGAACAUAGUCAGUGCCUUUUCCCAGCGUGACCCUUCCAAUCCGAUCGAGAAGUCUUGCGAUCUGAAGGAGUACAACGGCGAGUCGCUUGUGCUGACAUUCUACGAUGACUUCGGAGAUUGCCGCAGGUUUCUGAAAGCCAUGACAGCCGAAGCCUUCAAUCCAAGAUCGGAAGGCUUCCAUGUUAAGUGGACUUUGAAGGCUUUUGCGCGCAAGCCCGAGGUCAGAGCUGGUGAGGUGCUAGAUCUUCUGCAGUCAGACAAACACGGCCCAGAGGUGCCCGAAGGCAUGGUCAGGGAGUUCAUGCAGAUCUUUGGGCGUCUCACUUCGAUGGCAGAGAAGUGGAACCACUUCCACCUUGAACUUCUCCAAAACUUCGAUCCUGGGACAAAGACCCUGAAGCAUCACCUGUGCCAGCACUGGCUGCAGCUAGCAAAGGACUCCGUCACGCAAAAGGUGCCUCCAAGGCCUCCUCCUGUCAUACUCCUGUGCUGGAAUGAGCGCGCAGCCGUUAGAGGGAUGGAUUUGUUCACUGUCGACGGCAGCUUUCCGGAGAUGUUCCCUCGAAACUUGCAAAACUCGCUGAGGUUGAGUGACGUUGACGGCAGGAGUCAGCGUUCCAUGCUUAUGAUUGCAUCCUUGAACGCUGACUGGUUCACCGGCCUGCCAUGGAAAGAGUUGUGUGCGCCGCACCCCAUCAACAAAUCGAGACUUGGGCAGUGGGCGGAGAAAUGCGAAGAGGCCGUCAAGAAAGAUAAAGAGAUGAAGCAAGGUGAGCCAUUGGAACGAGAUGAUGUCGUGAGGAUGAUGCAUGUGCAGCUGCGGUUGUCUUGCAGGUUCCGCGUCGUGGAAGUUGAGGGAGAGCUGCACAUGCCUUUGCUCCGGUGUGCGGCGGCGCUGCUGCAGUGGCACUUGAAGGAAGUCACUCAAGGGGUCGGAGGCCUUGAACUUGAGCAUGUGUUAAAAGGUCUUCUUGCAGAUGCAAAGAAAGAGGUGCAGCCCGGCAUGAGAGGGGUGCUGAUACUGGUUUGGCUCUCCUCGAGCCAUGCGCCGGAUGAUCUCAAGCUAUGCUGGAGCCAGAAUUCCGUCCGCUUCAUCCUCUGCUACCCGGAGGGAGCGAAGCGGCAGCGACUGUCGACCCACUAUCCGGAAUGGACCUUUGCAAGACAGUGGCUCAGCCUGGCAAGGGGUUCCAGCGCGAGAACUGUGAAUUUCCUCCGCUGCUCUGUGCAGGUCUUGAACAGCACAGCCUUCAUGAUGCUCAGUGACGAGCCACCACCAUACCGUGUGGAGAACUGGUCGCCCACGCGGACCCUGGCGGUGACCUUCCGAGGAGUCAGACCUUGCCAAAACUUCUUCAGCUGGUCACGCUUGACGCCCUUGACGUGGUGUGCUUUCGAUUGGCCGGUUCGUUCCAAAGCGGAUCGAGAUCGCCGACUGGUGCUGCAGGACCUCGUGACGCACCGGAAGGAGAUGUACGAGGUGCACAAGGGUAAGUCUAUCUCUGAGACCUAA